AUGGGGAAGACCAUCGCGGCGCAGGCGGAGGACAAGGGGAGGAGACGAAAAUGCGCACAGGUCGUCGGGGAGGUCGGCGAAGACGACCACGACGACGACGAUUCGGAUACGCAGGGCGUUGGUUUAUCAUCUUCGACAUCUAAUAAGCGGUUCGUUAGCGAUCCGCUCCAGUUUACGGGUAUAGAGCCGGGUGACCGGGCUGGGCACGUUGUGCGGAGAGGCUACGCCUACGAGGAUUCGGGCGACGAGGACGAGGACGAAGACGACGAAGACGACGACGACGAAGACGAGGACGCUUCUUUAGUGGACUCCGACGACGACGACGAGUACGGAGACGGAACACAGCUGGCGGUGGCAGACAAGGAAGAGGCCUUGGUCCAGGCGGCCCUGGCGCGCAUUCGACGUGCGCAGGAACGUGGCAAGCAGGAGGUCAAACUCAACAAGCAGGAACUUGCCGCGCUCGAAAGGCGGCGGAGGCGGCUGCAGGAGGAAGAAGAGGCCAGGCGGGCCAACGAACGAAAGAAGCGGAAGCAAAAGAAACAGCGCAUCGCCAUACCUCUCUCACAAUUGGAUCCGACCGCCACAAUACCCAAGAGAAAGAGCCAAAAAUCACCUGCUGGCUCCGACGACAACCUUCACCGGCACGCGUCUCCGGCCAACGUGGUGGAAACGCAGCAACGGGGACCGUUGCCUCCCAUGGGCUACUUCCCGCCCCCAAAUACGGCCGCACGCAGUCGGCCUCGGUCAUCCACAUCGGCCUCACAGCGGCCACCAUCCCGGGCCAUGGAGGAGCAUGGCUCUUCACCUCUGCAACAUGCGUACCCUCCGCCGCCGGCGGGUGCGCCCAUUUCCCACCGCCACGUCUCUGACACGACGAGCUCACGGCCUCGCUCAUCCCGAAGCUCCCUGCCGCCUGAAGAGGCAUGGGUGCCCCACAUGUCCCCAGCAUCUGCCGCCACGGCCACGGCCACUGCCGCAUCUUCCGGGCCCAGAACCCGCUCUUCCGUGGACCCGUUCGCGUUCCAGACGGAGGGCCCGCGCGCGCCGUAUUCCUCCGGCGCUGGGGCCGUCUCCCAGAGACACACCCCGAGUCCGGCAGAGUCGCGACGAGCUUCAAUCGUCCCUGCUGCAGCUAGGGGCGGCAGGGGCUCGCGCAGGCCCAGUCCCGACCGCCCGGAGACGGACUCGGCCAGCGAGACGAGCGACCCGGACACGAGCGACGAUCUGGGCAACGGCGUACAGAUUGUGGAGCCGCCCAGGCGGGGGAGGAGACGGGAGGAGAUCAUCGUGGAAGAGGAGCCGGCACCGUCCCGGCGGUCGUCUCGGAACAAGAAACCGGUCAAUCCGUCGCCGGUUAAGAAGAAGUCGUCGUCGAGCAGUGUGUGGAAGAAGAAGAAGAAGUGA